ACACACAUACACACGCAGACGCGGCGGGGCAAACCAUCCCUCGAGCUCCGUAGCGAGGUCGCGGAUGAUUUAUUUUGGUGAAAAACAUUGGCUCUUCACCGUGCGUGAAAAGAGGUUUUGUGUCAGACGAAACACGAGUGGUGCUAGCAGACGAAGUGUUGGACUAACUUGUUUUAAAACUUUCUAGCCCUCGUCUUUAGAAAAAGAAUUGCCUUGCUUAUUGUUGUUUGUUCUCUAUAGAGUUCAAGAAUCAUUGGAUUUAUUUACAAUAUUUGUAUGGUUCCUAGACUACUAGUAAACAAAGAGUGCAGAAAGCUGAAAGGACAAGCAUCGAAUACGCCCCUGAGUAUCCCCUUCGCUUUGUAGUGAAGCUUGCCUACACUUCUGCUCUAUGGUAACACAACUCUAGUUUCCAGUAGGGCACCUAGACAUCUUGGGACAUCUCGAGACACCAGAUAUCUCUAACCAGAUCACACCAGCCGUCGCGGCCAUAUUUCCACAUUGGGCACUGUUGACACACUAUUUUUUCGGCUGGAUAUACCUAUACAGGUACCAAUUGCCCCAACAAAAGGAACUCGUUUUAACGGGCUAUUGUAACCUCGCCAGAGCUCAUGAAAUCUUUCAAUCUGAUCUUCAACUAAGUGAGACUCCUCUCUUCUGUUGACUUUGCGGUUGCCUGGAUUCCACGCACGCACACACAGACACACAGAGUUUCGGCGCUCUUCGUUCGUCUGCUGGGUCCUGUCGCGUACUUCCGGUGGAUUUAUGACUGCGCGUGUUAAAGGUCACUUGUUUUCUUGUUCUUUAUUAAAAAGACGGACAGGGUCUUUUCUUUUUAUCAGUGUCUCUCUCCGUCUGUCGACCAAUACGGGCGUCAAGUAAAUAUCGUGCCUGACUUGAAAGAAGUUUCGAUAACAAUUGUUCAAAGUAGGGCCUGUAACUCGCGGCUCAUUGCUGUUCUUAUUAAGCGAUCAAUCAGAGUUGUAGCCCAUUGAAGUGGCGGGAAAACAACUGGUAUUAAAAAAAAAAAAGCAGUCCACACAUGAAGGAAAGUUACACUUGGAAAUAAUGGCAUUAAAUAUGAAUGAAAACUGGAUCGCGUUACAAGGUAUUCUGUGUUUCGAUUUUCAGGAGAAGCUAACUCUUAGCAAGAGGAAACUAUCGCUUUAGUAGUGAAAAGGAGAGUUACGUUUUCUUGUCUACCUGGAAACCAAAAUAGUGUCUUCUUGGAGUGUAUUGUUUUCACCACCAUGUAUGGUUUAAAUGUGUGUUCCGGCUUUCCGGGAUGGAUUAAGACGACGAGCCCAGGGCGAGUGCUACUGCUGGUGGCAGCGGUGCUGUGCGGCUCCGUGGAUAGGACGCCGGCGCAUCGCUUGGAUAACCAUUACCAGAGAUGUGAGCCAAUCACGAUCAAGAUGUGCAAGGACAUGCGGUACAAUAUGACCAGCAUGCCUAAUUAUGUGGGCCAAGAUAAUCAAAUCGAGGCUGAAGCCAGGAUCCAAGAUUUCCAGCCUCUGGUGCAGACCAACUGCUCGCGACUUCUCAAGUUUUUCCUCUGCUCUCUGUACGCGCCCAUGUGUACCGAGCUUGUGGACGAGACGCUGAACAUCCCCGCGUGCCGGUCCAUGUGCUUGCAGGUCAAGGCCAAGUGUGAGCCCAUUCUCCUGUCCUUCAACUUUAAGUGGCCCGAGAUGCUGGCCUGCGACAAGCUCCCAGAGAAAUCGGAUCCCAGAAACAACCUCUGCAUGGCCGCCCCCAACGUCACGGAUGAACCCGAACAGGAAUCGGGCCACGCGUCCGGGCCCCGGCUUGAAGUUUUGGAGAAGGAUCUGGACAAACUAGAUAUCAAUACCAUGAAUAAAGAUUGGAAGUACCUGAAAGACAAAUACAAGAAUCAAACGCCACAGCCCGCCCUGACGACGGACAAACCAAGAGAGGGCGAACAUGGGGCAUCUCACAAUCCUUGCCCACAGCGAUACGUUUACAUAGACAACAUUCCAAAAUCCAACAUGACCUGCGCCCCCAGCUGCAAAGUGGAUGUGCUGUUUCGCCAGGAGGAUAAAGACUUUGCCCAAAUUUGGAUGAUAGUCUGGGCAUCCCUCUGCUGCCUGUCCACUCUGUUAACGGUGACCACUUUCGCAGUGGACACAUCCAGGUUCAAGUAUCCCGAAAGACCGAUCAUAUUUCUGUCCGUCUGUUACUUGAUUCAGACAUUUGCUUACAUCAUUCGCAUCGCUACCGGGCCAGAAUCCGUGUCUUGCGAUGUCACCCAAGAAGGAAAGUCUUUCCGAAUUCUUGAAGGCCUCGAGAGCACCUGGUGCAUCAUUGUCUUCCUUCUCUUGUACUUCUUCGGCAUGGCCUCCGCGGUCUGGUGGGUAGUCUUGACCAUCACCUGGUUUCUCGCCGCUGGGCGAAAGUGGGGUCAAGAGGCCAUCGAGGCGCUCUCCAGCUACUUCCAUCUGGCAGCGUGGGCCAUCCCUGCGGUGAAAACGAUCAUCAUCUUGACCAUGAGACGAGUGGACGGCGACGAGCUGACCGGGCUGUGUUAUGUGGGCAACCAGGACCCUGACGCCCUCACGGACUUCAUCAUCGUGCCGCUCAUCAUCUAUUUAAUCGCCGGCUUCGUCUUCAUCGUCGCAGGGUUCGCCGCGAUGUUCCGGAUAAGGAACGGCUUGAAACAGGAUGGAGGAAACACCAAUAUCCGGAAGCUGGAGAAGCUGAUGGCUAAGAUCGGAGUGUUCUCCGUUUUGUAUACGGUGCCUGCAUCGUGCGUCAUUGGGUGUCACUUUUAUGAGAGGAUCAACUUUAAAAAGUGGCAACAGCAAGCCAAGAGCAUGCCUUGCGCCCUGGACUCCCAGGUGACGUCGUCGCCGAAAGGGCACCACGACUGCCUUCUGGAACAUUCUAUUCCAACAUUGGAGCUGUAUAUGCUGAAACUGUUCAUGUCGCUGGCUAUCGGGAUCACCAGCGGGAUGUGGAUAUGGAGCGGAAAGACAGUGUCCUCGUGGAAGGCGUUCUGUUCCAGGAGGUUCUUUAGGCGGAAGUCGAACAAUUUUAACGCGGACUACCAUCCUGCUCCGGUGAUUCUGCUGAAGAACGGCCAGCCGCACGUGGCGAAGCAUGGCAGCCACAGCGGCAGCCACGUGACAACAAAAGUAAUUGCUUCCAGGGUGUAACUCAUUCCUCCAGGGAGACAGCUCAUGGAAUUGUUUUACCGUCUGCAAAUAUAGACAUUAAAGAGACAGCUGUUAAUUGGUGAUUGGAUUUUAUUUGCUGACCACUCAUGGACGUGUGGAUUAAGACUUGGUCAUCAUGAGGAUUGUAGAUCUUACUGCUUGUCCUUAUUAAUUCUUGACCACUGAGUUUUUAUGUCCACUGUUGGGCUGCUUUGGGACCAUACCUUUUGACCAUGUAAACCUUUUGUAGCAAAGACUGCCAGAGACAUGCAUCAUUAUACCUCAGCUACAUUAAGUGAACAUCUCUUCCUAUAGAAUAAGAACUGUACUUGUAGAUAAUACAAGUAUAUGUAUUUCUACACAUCACAGUAAACAAACAAGUGUGUAAUUUAAAUCACACACUUGUCUGAGUUCGCCCUUACUAUAAAAUGACUUAUUUAUAGAGGAUGGACACUGGACUCCUUGCUUGAUAAACAUUGCCCGAAGUGCCCAGUGGUCAAUAGGAUGCGCCUGCUCAGAUGUUAGUGUACAUAAUGUAGAUAUAGCCUUAAUGUGCCAUUGAUGCCGAUGUCCAAUGUGUUUUAGCUUUCAUUACAGCCUCGUAUUGACAUUGUCCCGUUGACUGUACAUUAUCAUAUGUAAAACUACAAGAAAAUCACUGUAUAUAGUACAUGGUUUAUAUAUGACGUCAAGUGUUCAAUAGUUAUUUUUAGAACAAAUUGUGUUGUACUAUUUUGGGAAGGCUGGUGACAAGGGACACAACUUAUUUCUCCUUGUGGAUGUUUAGUUAAUUUUAUUUUUUUUUAGCCGGAGUGAUGGGUGAGAAUAUUGUUUUGUUAUUUAUGGCUGAGUGGUGAAGCGCUUGACUUCCGAACCUGGGGUUCUGGGAUCGAAGCACGGUGAAGGCUGGGAUUUUUAACCUCAGGGGUCUUUACGUCUGAGUCCAGCCAGCUGUAUUGAGUACCAGACAUUAGUUAGGGAAAAGUAAAGGCUGUUGGCCGUUGUGCUGACCACAUAGUUCCUAUGUUAACCGUGGGUCACAAAAACAGAUGAACUUUACAUCAUCUGCCCUAUAGAUCGCAAUCUCUGAAAAGGGGAACUUUGCUUAUAUAUGUCUAGUUGUCGUGCUGGUUAGGCUGUUAAGUGGGAUGGAGUUUUUCUCCACUAUCAUACAAUGCAUUACCAUUUCGCAUCAUUACAUUCUUCUCUCUCUCUCUCUCUCUCUCUCUCUCUCUCUCUCUCUCUCAACACACACACACACACACACUCUCUCUCUCUCUCAUUUAAAUGAAUGAAUGGUUUAUUUUUUAAAUUGAUUCGGUACAGUACAUAGUUGCAGGGCCGGUCUUAGCGGAUGCGGGGCCCUAUGCGAAACUGAUUGCGCGGUGUCUAGUCUGGGUGGAAAUAAGGGUAAUAAGUGAAAGAUUUUGUAUUAUUCUUUUCUAAGUACAAAAUUGAGAUCAAGUUAACUUUAUUUUACGAACCUUGCAAUAUGAAAGCUGACAAUGCAUUUUUUUUUAUCACGCGUAGGAUUGGCCUUUUUUCGUAAUAAAUGAAACCCACAAAUGACAAUUUUUGUCUAUUUUUCAGGAUAUUUUUUAUGAGUUUUCAGGAGAUUUUAAUAAGUGCAGGACAUUUCCAGGAAUUUGUCGUAUAUAUUUUGCAAUUAAUAAUUACACAUCAGAAUUAGCGCGGGGCCUAUGAAAGCGCGGGGCCCACUGCGACCGCAUAGUUUGCAGUGGCCCUAAGGCCGGCCUUGAAUAGUUGCGUAAAAUUCAACUUCACAUGAGAAUAGGUGUGGGGAAAAUAAGGUGUUCAAAUAUUUUUUUUUACCAGAGUUGAUAUAAGCUUUGUAAAGAUUUCUUAUUUACAUAGUAUCGAUAUUCAAAGUUCAGAGGUCAUCUAUUUUAGCUCUACGAUAAAAUGUUAAUGAAUAAUAAUUGUAGAAUUUUUUUUUCUUUGUUUGUCAUUCUAGCAUAUAUCAAUUUUUGUUACGAUAGAGUGUAAUAGAUUCAAGGUCUUAAUGUACUACAUUAUGUUACUAUUACCAUAGUAGUGUCAUCAAAUUCGGUUUGAUUAUAUUUUUAAUGUAGAUCUCGCUCUUGUCUAGAUGUUAAAUGUAGACGUCAGUCCGUCGCAACUUUCCAAUGUGUUGCUUCCUUUCAGAAGCAAACAUUACCAUCUACGAUAUUACUCUGAGGCCGGGGGGGGGGGGAGUCUCUGACCAGCAAGUUUGAUUAAUUAUGCAAUUUAAUUGUCUCACGUGACAACAUGGGGGGGGGGUGAGCACUGGCGACACCAGGCCAUUCAUUGAUCUACUCUCCCCUGUGAUGAAAGGGAGUCAUAAAUUAACUAGGUUCCGGACAGGAAGGGAAAGAUAACUCCUAGAUAAUGCCCACCCUGUUUACCCCUGGCGAUAACGGUUCGUUUUCAAUAGUUGUCCCACCCACAAACAGGCGCGUGCAGAAUCCUUUCUCUGAUUGCACUUACCUUGAUAAAUUGUUCUCUCCCCCCCCCCCCCCCCACCACAAGUAAUUAAGUAUUUGAAAGAUUACAGGGGGAGGGAGGGAGGAUAAGGGAGUGGCUAAUUAUGUUACAAUGUGAUCGUGUGUGCCAUAAAUAACAAAAGCGUACCUCGAGUCAACACUGUCAUGCUACACGGGCCAGAGAAUAGUCGAUUGGAUGUCACAUCAAAGGGAAGAACAAAGUUUCACAAUUAUACCCCUAGAGGACCGUGUGUUUUGAUUUGUGUCUGUGCGUGCGUGUUUUGGAAGCAGUCAUUUUGCGUUUACUGUAAAAUAGAUAGCAACGUAUGAGGUAGGGCGGCACAUGUUCAAGUAUUGAUGUUAGUAUUGAAGCAUAUAGGGUGUCUGCGGUGUGUAGCUGUGUCUUGAUGACUGUGUGCUGUGUACCUAUGCAUUUUAGCGUAAUGUAGGUCAAGUGUGCCCAGGUCUUGUUAUGCGUGUAGCUGUGUCUUGAGCUCUGUGUUGAUACGUGUAUCAUGAAACGUGUGCGUGUAUCUGUAGCCACUAGGCUACACCAAACAAAGCCAGUGUAGCCACUGGCCACACUAAAUAAAGUCACUUUAGCCACUAGCUACACUAAAGUCAAUGUAACCACUAGCUGGUCUAAAUUAACUCAGUGCAGCCACUAGCUGCUGUAAAUUAACUUAAUGUAGCCUCUAGCUACAAGUCACACAAAGGUUUCAGUGGCAAACACAAGAGGCCAAGGUUUUCAGAACAGAAUCUCUCUCUCUACUCUCUACGCCCUUUCUUUUCUUGCGAGCUUCUUUCCAGUGACAGAAGUAAGACUAUCAAUCCCUGGACAUAUUCAACUCUAAGCUACAUGAAUAUUAAGUAGAUUUAUAUUUGAAGAAGAGAUAGGUCAAGGUCAGGGUUGCUUUUUCCAGCUGUGUGAGUAAUGUUCUAGUUUGUUUCACUUCGUGGUGAGCAGACACACAUCUGAGCUGUUCCUAAAUGUUUUCAAAUUGCAUUGACUUUUUUUUUGUUCUGUUGAUAAGAGAGUGAUUCAUGACACUUAGUGAUUUUAUUAAAUGAAGAGUUCAUUUGCCAGAUUAUUGAUUUUUUUCCCUUCUGUUUUGUAUCAUGAAUAGAUAAUUGAUGGUACAAGGUAUUUGUUAUGUAUUUUUAUGUGAAUACAUUGUCAUUGGAGAAAUUUUA